CACUUCGAUGCGCUCUUGUCACUUCAGCCGCUCCGCUAUGUAUGGACGGUUGCGCUGUUGUGUGUGUUAACAAAUAUCGAGAGAUUUGACGAGUCGUUUUCGAAAGAGCCGAAUGAAUGAUUCGAUUCAGCAUGAUUAAAAACUAGCUAUUUAAAUAGUUACUUAAGCGUCAAAGGUUUAAAUACAUCCAUACACAUUUAAUCAUGUCAAGAACGAGGCAGACACAGAAAAAUGACGAAGAGUUCACCUUAGUGAGUCCAAUGGUGAAAUAUUUCCUUUUCAUCUUCAACAUGAUAUUCUGGAUAAUUGCUCUGGUCCUGAUAUCUAUUGGCAUUUAUUCCAGGAUAGAAAAACAUGAGACAGCCCUUGCCUGUUUGACUGUGGAUCCUGCACUGUUACUGAUGAUACUGGGGGUUCUGAUGUUUUUCAUCACGUUCUGUGGCUGUGUGGGUUCUCUCAGGGAGAACAUCUGUUUACUGCAGACGUUCUGCAUCUUCUUGACUGUAAUCUUUCUGCUGCAGUUAGUGACUGGUGUUCUGGGUUUUUUCUUCUCAGAUAAGGCACGUGGCAAAGUAACAGAAUUGUUUGACAGUGCAAUCGAACAUUACAGAGAUGAUCUGGACUUGCAGAACCUCAUUGACUUUGGACAAACACAGUUCAACUGCUGUGGUGGGAUCACAUACAUGGACUGGUCUCAGAACAUGUACUUCAAUUGUUCUAAGGAGAACCCUAGUAGAGAGCGCUGCUCUGUUCCCUUCUCCUGCUGUCUGCUCUCCAAAGAAGUGGCUGUUAUAAAUACCAUGUGUGGUCAAGGGAUGCAGGAGUUGGAAUACCUUGCAGCCAGUGCUUUCAUCCAUACUAAUGGGUGCAUUGAUAAAGUGGUCAACUGGAUUCACAGUAACCUGUUUCUGUUGGGAGGCAUUGCUCUGGGCCUGACCAUCCCACAGCUGUUUGGAAUCCUGCUCUCUCAAAUUCUGAUUAAUCAAGUCCAGGAUCAGAUUAAAUUACAGAAUUACAACCUACAGCAUCGUUCAGACCCCUGGAGCUGAAUACACUGUACUGUGGUUUCUGUCUCUGAAACAGUGCAGAAUGGACCUAUGUAUGCAUUUUUGUAGACAUUCAGCUGAACUGAACUGAGAUUGAUUGUCAUCAGUUUGGGAACGUCUUGCUGCCUGCAGUGACUGACAAGGAUCAUGGGCCGUAUUCACAAAACAUCUUAAGGCCAAAAGUAGCUACUAACUUGCCAAUUUAGGAGAAACUCUUAAAAAUAAUGGGCAUGUCAGUCCUAAUUUUUGGACUAUUACAUUUUUGCUCUAAGAAUAUUUCACAAAUAAUUUUAGUGCUAAAACCAGGUCCUAAAUCUGUGAAAAGUUAGGAGUAGUCAAGAGGACUCCUAAGUCACUAAGACCAAAUCACAAACAAUCCUAAAAUGGCUGUUGCUGGCAAUCUGCCUCAGAACGGUAACAUUUUAGAAACAUUUUAUGAUAAUAAGCUUUUAAAAAGGUAUCACCUUAAUCGUGAGGGUAUAAUGAGUGUAGUAGUAGAGCUACUAACAAAUAGAAACAAACCAAUAGCACUGGAGAUCAAGGUUCUCUUUAAUUAUGUCCUUCUUUACAUGUAAAAGUUGGGCAACAAGCUGUUCUUGUCCAGUUUGGUUUUCUUAUACGUUUGCAUGUCUUACUAUCAGCCAUGAUUAUUCUAGUCUGUUAUUUAAAGGCUGCUUGUAUGCAUAUCCUCUAAAAGUUUAUGAGAUGCAGAUAUGGAAGAGGCUGACAAUUACUUGUUUAAUUAGUGACUCUUAGCCUACAUUUUAAAAUCUUUAUUUGAAUAUGGCAUCAUGAUAACUCAUUCUACAAUGUUUCUAUGAUUAAAUCACUGACAGAGACCCAUCCCCUAUCAGCCAAUCACUGUGGGCAUAAUUAGAAAGCUUGUUGACAUCAUCCAUAGCAACGAGGUCAACCCUUAGCUUCAGAUUUCUUCCAUUCCUUAGUAAAAGUUGGUCUCAGCAGCUUUGUGAAUAUGUUUUAAGAGGAAACUCUUACCUAAGAACUUUUACUGCUAUUUAGGAGAACACUUAGUGGUAAGAUAAAAUGUUUUGUGAAUAUGGCCCCAGAUUUUUGAAUAAGGAGAAAAACGCUUAAGAACAGGCAAUCGAGUUAUGUUAUGGGAUGUGCAAUUGAGACCAUAUAAACAAGAGAUGUACUAUAUCUUAUGAACCACAGUGUUUGUAUGAAAUGUGUGAGACACUCUUAAGAUCAUUAGAUCAAUAAAACUAUUUUGGGGGUAUUUUAUGAGCACAUAAUAUACAUUUUAAAGAAGUAUAAUCCUAAAUAACAUUUCUCCCUAAAACUAUUAUUUAGAAUGAAUUAAAUUGAUUCCCAGUAUAGACAUUUUUAAAAAUGACCUUUGUACUGGUAGAUAUAGUAUGAACAUCUGAUAUCAAAAUAGACAGAGCAGUAUGUUCAUUCAGUUAAUUCAAUUAUAUUAAAACAUUAACUUUCACAAAACUGUCCUGUCUUACAUUGCAUCCAUGUUUUCCAAAGAAUUGUUUCUUAAUUUCCAUUAUUUUACACUUAUAAAGUGCCAUACUAAGCUGUCUUUAUUAAACAAAAACAAUACAUUUAAAGGUUAUUGAUUAGUUUAAUAAUAUAAAAGCACUCACUUGUGGUCUACUCACUCCAUGGCAUUUGGCUGUGAUCUUCCCAUAAUCAGUCUCCCCAUAAAAAACAUCUGGCAGUAAAACACAACAUGGUUGGCUUGGACCAAGUGAGCGCCUUCCUCUCGUUUGGAGUAAAAAAAAAAAUCUAUACAAUGUUUCAGUAACCUUUGGAGUAACCAAACUCUGUCAUUAUAAUAAAUAUAGCUACAUAUGCCAAAUAUUAUGUAUUUACAGAUGUGUAAUAAUAGUCAUGUUUUCAAGGAAUAAAUUAUUA